CCGGAGAGUAUACCGUGCACCACUUAAAGGUUAGUUUACAAGAAUACUUCUUUGAGAGUGUUGAUAGUUUAGAUGCUAUUUAACAGCUAACGAGGUUUUAACUUGACUGCAUUUUUACAUUUAUGACCAAGUGAUUGUGACGGUAUUGGAUUUUAAUAUAGUGACAAUUGUGCAUUUACUGUGAUUUAGUGAUUUGAACAAAACCAAUCGCUCAACUAACUUUCAAAGUUUGUCAUCAAAGUGUUGGCUCUAAGGGAAACAGUGUCUAGUACGGCGCCUGGCAUGACCGUGCAAGACGAAGCUAGGGCCAUGACUCAAACAGCAGCAACGCGAUCACGUUUCAUGAUCACGGACAUACUGAGUGGACCCACCGAUGGUGCCGCCAUAAUCCGGACCCGGUCACCCAGUCCGGGACCCAGGGACCUGUCCCUGCACUCCAACCCCAUCCACGACAGUGACACCGACAGCUCCGGACAUCCAGACACCUCCAGCGUAUGCUCAAACGGUCAAAAUGGCGACGAUUCGCUGAACUCCUCAAAAAAUUCGAGUAGUGCCCUAAGUAAAAAACAAAGAAAAGCGCGCACAGCCUUUACGGAUCUACAGCUACAAACGCUGGAAAAGAGCUUCGAGAGACAGAAAUACCUUAGCGUCCAAGACAGGAUGGAAUUAGCAGCGAAACUUAGUCUUACCGAUACCCAAGUGAAAACGUGGUACCAAAACAGAAGAACGAAAUGGAAACGCCAAACGGCAGUGGGCUUGGAACUUCUUGCAGAAGCCGGUAACUAUGCCGCAUUCCAAAGGCUUUACGGUGCUCCUGCUUACGGUUGUUGGUACCCUCCACAAACAGCGGGUCCAACCGCGCCUCCAAGCGCAGCUGAUAUUUACUACAGACAAGCUGCAGCUGCGGCAGCUGCCACCCUUCAGAAGCCUCUUCCAUAUCGCCUGUAUCCUCCGGGCAUGGGCAUGGGUAUGCCGGGACCAAGCGCCCAUCUUGGCUCGUUAGCUGCCAGUAGUUCGUUAAGCACUUUGUCUAGUUACUAUUCGAAUCAGUCGACGGAAGGACCUUCGCCUAGAUCUCCAAGCCCGGAUACACCGUUGGACCCCGGAUCACCAGGUACCGGAGGACGGCGAUCGCCUUCUGACGACGAAGACACUAUCCAUGUCUGAGUUUUAUUUUCGAAUUUUUUUUAUGAAUAUUGUGAUAUAAAGUGUACUAUAGCUGGACCUGUUAAUUUAUUUUGCGCUUUUAAGUGUUAUGUAGAGUAAGAGAUGUAUAGAUGAGUAAAAAAACGAACGAUUUUUGUAAUUAGACUACGGGCUUUAUGUAAAUUUUCAAAACAUUCCAGUGUGGGUCAAACUCUACAUUCAUUCCCCCCAGUGUUUAUAAUGAACGUCAUAUGUAAAUGGUUUUAUUUUUUGAUUGCACACAGCAAUCGUUAUGUUUAUUUUGCUCGAUGAGUAUGUUUAUUCAUGUUUAUAUUAGAA